AUGUCGCCCACAUACACCAUGUCCGCACACUUGUGCAAGUCCAUCUACGCCUCGUGGCGCGAAACCCGCCGUUCGCCUUCCGAUCUGCCCUCCCCCGGCGUCCAGGCCCCCAGCAUGACCUCCUACUUCCCUCGCAGCCCUUCUCCUGAGAAGCGCUCCAUGGAUAGCGACCGCAGCGAGACCUCCACGGCACCUCUAUGCAUCUCCAACACCCCGAGCCUGAAGUUUUGA